UCUUACGCAAUUUUUGUUCAACAAUGUGUUACGUUUUGGAUUGAACAAGAUUGAUUAGGCAAUUAAGUAGAAAAAAAAGAUGAUGAAAAGUUCAGUUGUUUGCUUUGUACUUCUCUUCCUUCCAUUAGUCAUCCAUGCGAGGCCCAUUGGCAAGCUACACUCCUAUAACGGGCAUCGCCAUCAAAGAGUGUUGUCUAGCAAGAAGGAAGCAAGUGUGAAACCUGAUUUCUAUGUGGAUCACAAGAGGGCACCAUUGAUGCACAGAAGAGAUGACACGCUUCAGAUUGCAGGGUCGAGGUUACCGGAUUGUUCACACGCGUGUGGAUCGUGCACACCAUGUCGACUGGUUAUUGUUAGCUUUGUCUGCUCAUCGCUUGAAGAAGCUGAGACAUGUCCAAUGGCCUACAAAUGCAUGUGUCAUAACAAGUCUUAUCCAGUUCCAUAAUAUUUCAUUUUGUCUAAGAUUCUUUGUAGUUUUUUUACCUAGAGAUCUUACAGAUUUCCUGAGUGUAAUCAAAGAGUUUCGAAUCGGUGUUUUAGAAGCGUAGCUAGUUUUCCUUGUCAAUGACUUCCACAUCUCACACAUGCUGAC